GCCUGGCCGACCCGGGCAGUGCGCAUGCGGGCGGCUGGCGCAGGCCCGGCGGUUGGGCGGCCGUCGCUCCGGCCCCUUCUUUCCACUGCCACGUACGGGUGGUGGUGGCGGCGGCGGUGCCCGGGCGAGGAGGGGGCCUCCACUCGGCGGGACCGCGGAGGAGACAGACUUCCUGUUUUCUGUCACUGACAGUGCAUGGCGGCUUAUCCUAACUCUGUCCUGAAGUGAGGUGGGAAAUCUGCCCAAUAAUCCAACAUCAGUAAGAUAGACAAGGUCUGCAGGAGAUAAGCAAUCCACCAUGAAUGGGCAGCUGGAUUUAAGUGGGAAGCUGAUCAUCAAAGCUCAGCUUGGGGAAGAUAUUAGGAGAAUUCCUAUUCAUAAUGAAGAUAUCACCUAUGAUGAACUGGUGCUAAUGAUGCAAAGAGUUUUUAGAGGAAAACUUCUGAGCAAUGAUGAAGUCACAAUAAAAUAUAAAGAUGAAGAUGGAGAUCUCAUAACAAUUUUUGAUAGCUCAGAUCUUUCCUUUGCAAUUCAAUGCAGUAGGAUACUUAAGCUGACAUUGUUUGUGAAUGGACAACCAAGACCCCUAGAAUCUAAUCAGGUGAAAUACCUGCGUCGAGAGCUGAUAGAACUUCGCAAUAAAGUCAAUCGUUUACUGGACUGUUUAGAACCACCAGCUGAACCAGGGCUUUCCACUAAUCUGCCUGAAAGUGAUGCUGUAGAUGGUAGGGAAGAAAAACCUGCUGCUGCUGACUCUAAUGUUAAGCCAUCUACUCAAGUUACAGCAGCAACCAUGUCUGCAUUUGAUCCGCUAAAGAACCAGGAUGAAAUCAGCAAGAAUGUCAUGUCAGCGUUUGGCUUGACAGAUGAUCAGGUGUCAGGACCACCCAGUGCCCCUGCAGAAGAGCGAUCGGGAACACCAGACAGCAUCGCUUCCUCCUCUUCUGCAGCCCAUCCCCCUGGUGUUCAGGCACAGCAGCCACCCUACCCUGGAGCACAGCCACAGACUGGUCAGGUGGAAGGUCAAAUGUAUCAACAGUACCAACAGCCCGGUUAUCCUGCCCAGCAGCCACAGGCUCAGCCUCAGCAGCAGUACAGCAUGCAGUACCCAGCCGGCUACAGCCAGCAGCAGCCCCCCUCGCAGCAAGCAGCCCAGCAGUUCCCGGCCUACAGCCAGCCGCCCGCACCGGCCCCCGCCGCCGCCGCCUUCCCCGGGCAGCCCCCGCAGCUGCCGGCCCAGCAGCAGCAGCCGCCGCAGUUCGCGGGGGGGAACUACCCGCCCCCGCAGCCCUACACCACUCAGGCCUCCCAGCCCGCUCCCUACAGCGGCGCCCCCGCCUCCCCCGCCGCCCCCGGCACCUUCCAGCCGCGGCCCGGCUUCAACCCGACCCCCGGCAGCACCAUCACCCCCCCGCCCAGCGGGCCCAACCCCUACGCCCGCAACCGGCCGCCCUUCGGCCCCCAGGGCUACACCCAGCCCGGACCCGGCUACCGGUAAGGAGGUGUCCUGUCCGUCCCGACAGACUCCAGGAUAUUUUUUAAUUGAGGUCCCGAAACGGUAAUGAGGCAAAACUAUAGCUGUUGAUUAAAUUCUGCUGGGGGGAGGGGAAGGACCGAAAGAAUCUUUCCUGCUUUCAAUUGUAUCCGCUUCCUAGUUUAAUUCGGGGCUGGGUUAUUUUUUUGGGAAACACUACCUAAGUGUCCGCAAAGUGAUUGGCGUUCUAGCUUGCCUUGUUUGGAGGACGUGAAGAUGCUAGUUGGAAGUGUAGCCCACUUAUCAGGCUUGUUUUUACUAAUACGAUGAUGUACUAAAUUAGGUUCAUUCUGGAGGUAAAACUAGAUAUGAUGUAUCAUAAAUUGUAAUGCUCACACAGAAAACUAAUAAAAACCCUGAAUCUAU